GUCUAGACCUACAACCCCGCAACUGACAGGGAGGACAAAGAUCCAGAUAAAGGAAGCAUACAAUCCACCCUUUCACCCACUCACUCACACCCCCUCCUCAAUCCCAAAACCAUAAUGACAGCCACCCCGCGCCUCGCCAACAAAAUCGCCAUCGUAACCGGCGCCUCCUCCGGCCUGGGCCGCGCCAUCUCAAUCCGGUACGCCCGCGAAGGCGCAAAACUCAUCUGCGCGGACCUCACCCCGACCGCGCGCGCGCAAGUCCCCUCCGAGACCGAGAUCGCGACGCAUGACCUGAUCGUGCAGGGCGGCGGAGAAGCCGUGUUUGUGAAGACGGACGUCGGGGAUGCGGGGGAUAUGGAGCGGUUGGUGCAGACGGCUGUGGAGGUGUUUGGGCGGUUGGAUAUUCUCGUCAACAAUGCCGGAAUUGCCAUCGAAGCAAGAACGCCCGCCGUGUGCCAUCUGACCGAGGAGGAGGUGUGGGAUGCCACGAUGCGCGUGAACAGCAAGUCCGUCUUCCUCGGGUGUAAGUACGCGACGGCCCAGAUGUUGAAGCAGGAGCCGCAUCAGCCUUCCGGGGAUCGCGGGUGGAUUAUUAAUAUGUCGUCGAUUAUGGGGAUCGUAGCGGGGUUGGAGAAUGUCUCCUAUUGUGCUUCGAAAGGCGCGGUGAGCAAUCUUACGAGACAGGUGGCGCUGGACUACGCCCCCCAUAGGAUCCAUGUCAAUGCCAUUUGUCCUGGUUACACUCAGACGGCUAUCUUCCAAGAAACAACAUCCUACAUGACACCCCUGGAGGAUCUGCAGCAGCGGCACCCGUUCAAGGGACCUGGGAUGCCGGAUGAUAUUGCUCGGAUGGCAGUGGUGUUGGCCAGUGAGGAUGCCAGUUGGGUGACUGGGAUUCUUCUGCCUGUGGAUGGCGGUUAUACUGCCCGUUAGGAUUAAUUCCACAUUCUUCAAGAGGCUCAAGAAGAGACGAGAUUCAGAAGGCCGGUGAGAACUGACUGAAGAGUUGAUAAAUCCAUGAGUGAAAAGAUAUGUGGUUGUCUGGAUCUAGCUAUGCUACUUUGAAGAGAAAGAAAUAAAU